AUGUGCACGCGUCGCCGGCUGCUGGUCUUCCCGCAAUGGUAUUACAAAUAUCAAAAGGUAUUUCAGGUCCGGAAUGAGAAAGCAAGGAGGUAUCUAAGUAGCAUGAGAAAGAAAGAGACAAUUUCGUUCUCACAGAAGUUUCCCAAUGCAGAUCCUUUAGCCUUGGAUCUUUUGCAAAGGCUUUUAGCAUUUGAUCCAAAAGACCGUCCAACUGCAGAAGAGGCAUUGGCUCAUCCAUACUUUAAAGGGCUAGCCAAGGUUGAGAGAGAGCCAUCCUGUCAACCAAUCACAAAGAUGGAGUUUGAGUUCGAACGGAGAAGAGUGACAAAAGAAGACAUUAGGGAGCUGAUAUUCCAUGAGAUAUUGGAAUAUCAUCCACAACUGCUCAAAGACUAUAUCAAUGGAACGGAGAGGACAACCUUUCUGUACCCAAGUGCUGUCGACCAAUUUAGGAAGCAAUUUGCUCAUCUUGAAGAAAAUAGUGGAAAUGGACCUGUUAUUCCAAUGGAAAGAAAACAUACUUCUCUUCCUAGGUCUACUAUUGUUCACUCAGCUCCAAUUCCUGUCAAGGAACAACCUCGUGUUGGUCCAUCUAGGGAAAGGCCUUCAUCUGAUGAGUCCUACAGAAAUCCUCGGGAGACAGAAAAAUAUUCUGGCAAUCUCGCGAGAACAUCACAGGCUCCACAAAGAGUGCCAGCAGCGAGACCAGGAAGGGUUGUUGGUCCAGUAAUGCCUUACCAAAAUGGAGACACCAAAGACCCCUAUGACACACGAAGGUUGGCAAUGAACUCAGGAUAUCCUCCCCAACAACAAAUCCCACAAACAUUUGGUUAUUAUCAGACACAUGGCAAACCAGCUUGCUCCGAGCCAUCACAGGCUGAAAGGUAUACGCUGCAUCAGUGCGCAAACCGUACAGCUGUGUCUGAUGUUGCUCUGGACAUGAGAGCACCCCCUUUUCAUCAUCUAUCGGCAGGGCAAAAAGGUGACUCUUCUGAUAGGCUAACAGCAGAGACAAACUUGUACACGAGAUCACUCAACGGCAUUGCUGCUACUGCAGCAGGAGUGGCAGCAACUACUCACAGAAAGGUUGGCGUUGUUCCGUUUGGCAUGUCAAGCAUGUAUUAG